AUGGACUUUACCCAGCCUUGUCUUCAUUUUGACAUCCACAAGCCUACACUGGGACGCCAUUAUGAUAUUCAAGACUCUGAGCGGAACAUCAAAGCAUACACUGCAGAGAUAUCAGUGUUUUCAGUGGGAAAGCCGGACCUCACUCUCAUCCAAGGCUCAAGCAGGAACUCCAGCUCGAUGGUCGCAGCUAGCCAUUUCAAAAAAAUCGGCCGCACGAUAAGAAUUGGUCUGGGAAACACGGACCAUGCGCCUGGCCAAGUGCACUGGGAGGAGAUGAAGGCUGAAAGCGCUAUGAAAAUCUGCCAUGUCUGGGCUCUGACAUUGCCCGACGGCAGUAGGAGAACCUUCGCAUGGAAGAAAACAUCAACCCAUCGUGCCGAUGGAGCACGGGGCGGUCUCUUCAGCACCAACUACAAGCUUGUCGAUAUGACAGGAGGUGGUAGCAACGUUGUUGCUGUGUGUACCACGUCUGGCGCCUUUACCGAAAAUGCAAAAUUGCAGAUCAACCAAGACUUAGGGCCAGAUUUCAGGGUGAUGGUUCUCAUGACAUUUAUUUCGCUUUACGAAGUCCUGAGGAGAGCGCGUGCUGCGUCCCAAAGCGCCUCCGGCUCGUCGUGA